CUGAAGUGACACCGCGGAAGGGGAGAAUGGGAGGAGACGCGGCGGAGGCUGGCCGGUGUUCGGUUUCACCAGCUCACACGUGACCGCAAUGGCUGCUCGUCUGUGCCGUGCGGUGCAUCAUUGCUCUGCCGCCCCGCGAAUGUAGACUACAGCGGGAUCCUUGCGUCGGUGAACUGUAGGAGCGGGCACUCACCACCCGCUGAAGCCAAAUUCCUCCGCAGGCUCGCCCGGCGGAGAAGAACGACAUUCGGCGGAGAAAUUAAAGCAUCUCGGGCUUGAACUUCCAGCAACCAGCACGGCGGUAGGAGGAGUCAACAGGUGUUUUGCAGUGCUGUUCUGCUCCUCUGAAAGUCUGAAGAGGUUUAAGCUGGAGAUCCCACUGCAGGUCAAAGUGUUGGACUGACUCGCUCUGACAGGUUUGAUCCCAAAGCAUUCUGUGACCUCCAGAGCACUGCUCCUCUUUUCCUCUUGCGUCACAUCAUUCCUGUACAUCCUCCUGAAACUGGCUGAACUGGAGUGAACACGGACCAUCAAACAGGAAUAUAUUACCUCCAAGAGAACUUCAGGAUCCUAUUCAGAAAGUUACCUAAAACCAAAACAACGACUGCUACAACUCUGGGCCGUACACUGUGAACAAAUGGCGUCAUAACCACUCACACGUCACCAGUCAUUAGUCUUACAGCUGCCAGAGUAAGCACCCACACGGACCAACGCAAGCAAAGCGCUCCUAGCUGGAUUAAUCAAAGGAGCUCAUGAUGGGACAGUAGAGAUCGGGCAUUACGGAUAGCCUGCACAGAGGUCUGGGACUCAGUGUUGUGUCUGAGCGUGCCAUGUCUGGAAACGGCAACCCUUGCCCCAGUCCAGGAGGGUUGGGCACCCCUCUGGGGGGCUUCCCUAUGCCGCACUACCCUUACUUCUUUCCUCAUAUGCUUGGAGGACUCUCUCCACCAGCGCUUCCAGGACUUCCCGUCAGUGGAUACAGCACUCCAUCUCCAGCAACUGUGGAGACCCAGAGCACAAGCUCAGAGGAGAUCGUACCCAGCCCUCCUUCACCGCCACCUCCACCACGGGUCUACAAGCCCUGUUUUGUCUGCCAGGACAAGUCCUCGGGCUACCACUAUGGAGUCAGCGCAUGUGAAGGGUGUAAGGGUUUUUUCCGGAGAAGCAUUCAGAAGAACAUGGUGUACACCUGCCACAGAGAGAAGAGCUGUAUCAUCAACAAGGUCACCCGAAACCGCUGCCAGUACUGCCGACUGCAGAAGUGCCUGGAAGUGGGCAUGUCUAAAGAAUCUGUUAGGAACGACCGGAACAAAAGGAAGAAAGACGACAAGAAGCAAGAAUGUUUGGAAAAUUACGUCUUAAGUCCAGAUACGGAGAAGAUGAUCGAGCAGGUGAGGAAGGCCCAUCAGGAAACCUUCCCCUCGCUCUGUCAGCUGGGAAAAUACACCACGAACAACAGCGCAGACCACAGGGUGGCUCUGGAUGUCGACCUGUGGGACAAAUUUAGCGAGCUCUCCACCAAAUGCAUCAUUAAAACAGUGGAGUUCGCCAAGCAGUUACCCGGCUUCACCACGCUCACCAUCGCAGAUCAGAUCACCCUGUUAAAGGCCGCCUGUCUCGACAUCCUGAUCCUGCGAAUAUGUACACGCUACACACCCGAUCAGGACACCAUGACGUUUUCAGAUGGUCUGACACUGAACCGCACACAGAUGCACAACGCCGGCUUUGGCCCUCUCACAGAUCUGGUGUUCGCUUUCGCCAACCAGCUUCUGCCUCUGGAGAUGGAUGAUGCAGAGACUGGGCUUCUUAGCGCCAUCUGUCUGCUGUGUGGAGAUCGGCAGGAUCUAGAGCAGUCUGAUAAGGUGGAUGAACUUCAGGAGCCCUUGCUGGAGGCCCUGAAGAUCUACGUGAGAAAUCGGAGACCUCAUAAACCACACAUGUUUCCUAAGAUGCUGAUGAAGAUCACAGACCUGAGGAGCAUCAGCGCUAAAGGAGCGGAGCGAGUAAUAACGCUGAAAAUGGAGAUCCCAGGCUCCAUGCCUCCGCUCAUUCAGGAGAUGCUGGAAAAUUCAGAGGGUCUGGAGGGAGGCGGGUCGAAAGGAGCUGGAGGAGGUGGUGGUGGUGGUGGUGGAAAGGGAGCUCCACCAGGAAGCUGCAGCCCCAGUUUGUCUCCCAGUUCGGCACACAGCAGCCCCUCGGCUCACUCUCCUUGACUUUCAUCUCCAGACAAACCUCCAUACAGAAUUAAACUGGUUCCUAACCAGAAAUAAGCCACAGCCGACCAGCGCCAGAGAGCAGAAUUCCGGUAGACUUUGACCCGGACUGAACAGUAAAUCUGGCCAGCUUUCAUUCGCUGAAGUCCAGUAGAGUUACACACAGGCCGAGCCUGAUCAAAAGUCACACCGUCAUUAAAACCUCCAGUGAUUCAGCGACUACAAGAGCCUUUUCACGUGGCGCUGCUUCACAGAGAUGACAGAACAAACGCCCUGUGUGCGCAAGCGGCUCUUUACUGUGUCUUCCCGGCUCUGCUCCCAUCACGCGAACUGUGAAGGCCCAGGGAAGCUCGUCUGAAGGACGCGUUCUCUCGGCCUCAGCGUUAUUUUAUAAACUUCAAUCCCUUAAAGCAAGCUAAAGGACUUUAGGACGUCAGCUGUCCACAAGUCAGGGACAUUUUGAACUUUCCAGCUGUUUUGGUUCUGUUUCUUUGUUUUCGUACAAAAGAUAUAUGAAUAUAUGAAAUCUAUAUUGACAGAAAUGAGAUUUGACUCUUUUGGUCUUAGGUGGAAUGCAGAACAUUUCUUAUCUUUUUCUCUCACUUUUUGUCUCAAGAGUUGAACAUGGUUAUGGUCGACCCACUGUUACCUUCACUCCAAGACAGUCCUGUUCACGUCACGCACAAGGGCACGUCGCACUGAAAAUGAUGUGUGCGCUUCAAUCAAGAUGGGGUAAAACACAGUUUUGUCCGGACGAUUUGGAGAUAUGACACUUCAUCAGAAAUGAAGGAUCCCCUGUAAACAAGCGGCUUGUGAUUAUGAUGUGUGUGAGAUCUCGGUUUUAACGGAGUGGCGAAUGCCUUCCUGUAGCUUUUAAUAUUGCUUUUUUUUUUGCUUUUCAUUUUGUAAUUGUCACCUGUCGAAAGACACAGAGACCCCCUUCUAAACAGUAUUAGCUGAUUACAAAAUAAAAGAGAUUUCCAAAAAUAACGAUUCACUAAGAAAAAUGUGUAUUUUUAGCUAAAUGCAUUUCAGAAGUAUUAAGAAUGUUGAGCAUUUCA